UCCAUCGGCUCGCGCCCCGCCCCCGUCCCUGCUGACCCCUCCCCUGUCGCGCGCGGGGGUGUUUCUCGCUCCUUCCGAGUUGCGGCCGCCGUGGCCGCUACUCCUCCUCUCCCGAGCUUGGGUUUCCCUGGCGCCGCGGCCGCCGCUGCCUCUGCGGACUGUAUGAGGAGGAGGAGGAGGAGGAUGUGAAGAUGGCGGAGCUGCAGAUGCUGCUCGAGGAGGAAAUCCCGGGGGGGCGCCGGGCUCUCUUCGACAGCUACACGAAUCUGGAACGGGUGGCCGAUUACUGCGAGAACAACUACAUCCAGUCAGCAGAUAAGCAGCGAGCCCUAGAAGAAACCAAAGCCUAUACCACCCAGUCCUUAGCAAGUGUUGCCUAUCUGAUAAACACCUUGGCCAACAAUGUACUGCAGAUGCUGGAUAUCCAGGCAUCCCAGCUACGAAGGAUGGAAUCAUCAAUCAAUCAUAUUUCACAAACUGUUGAUAUUCAUAAAGAGAAAGUUGCACGAAGAGAAAUUGGUAUUUUGACUACCAAUAAAAACACUUCAAGGACACAUAAGAUUAUUGCUCCAGCCAACCUUGAACGACCAGUUCGUUAUAUUAGAAAACCUAUUGACUAUACAAUUCUAGAUGAUAUUGGACAUGGAGUAAAGUGGUUGCUUAGAUUUAAGGUGAGUACCCAGAAUAUGAAGAUGGGUGGGCUGCCGCGUACAACUCCUCCAACUCAGAAACCCCCCAGCCCCCCUAUGUCAGGGAAAGGGACCCUUGGGCGGCACUCCCCCUAUCGCACACUGGAGCCAGUGCGUCCUCCAGUGGUACCAAAUGAUUACGUACCUAGCCCAACCCGUAAUAUGGCUCCCUCGCAGCAGAGCCCUGUGAGGACAGCUUCUGUGAAUCAAAGAAAUCGAACUUACAGCAGCAGUGGGAGUAGUGGAGGAAGCCACCCAAGUAGUCGGAGCAGCAGUCGUGAGAACAGUGGAAGUGGGAGUGUGGGAGUUCCCAUUGCUGUUCCUACUCCCUCUCCUCCCAGUGUCUUCCCAGCCCCUGCUGGCUCUGCUGGUACUCCUCCCCUUCCUGCUACUUCUGCAUCUGCCCCUGCCCCUCUAGUUCCUGCUACUGUCCCUUCUUCCACUGCCCCUGAAGCAGCUGCUGGGGGCGCCCAGACCCUUGCUGAUGGCUUCACUUCUCCAACUCCCCCUGUUGUUUCUUCUACUCCCCCUACAGGUCAUCCUGUUCAGUUCUACAGCAUGAAUAGACCUGCCUCUCGCCACACUCCCCCAACAGUAGGGGGCUCAUUGCCCUAUAGACGCCCUCCUUCUAUAACUUCACAAACAAGCCUUCAGAAUCAGAUGAAUGGAGGACCUUUUUAUAGCCAGAAUCCAGUAUCUCUUGCUCCUCCUCCUCCCUCCAUCCUACAGGUAACUCCUCAGUUACCUUUAAUGGGAUUUGUGGCCAGAGUCCAAGAAAAUAUUUCAGAUACGCCACCACCACCGCCACCUGUGGAAGAACCAGUCUUCGAUGAAUCCCCCCCUCCACCUCCUCCCCCAGAAGAUUAUGAAGAGGAGGAGGCCGCCGUGGUUGAGUAUAGUGAUCCUUAUGCUGAAGAGGACCCGCCGUGGGCCCCAAGGUCAUAUUUGGAGAAGGUUGUGGCAAUUUAUGAUUAUACAAAAGACAAGGAAGAUGAGCUGUCUUUUCAGGAAGGAGCCAUUAUUUAUGUCAUCAAGAAGAACGACGAUGGUUGGUAUGAGGGAGUUAUGAAUGGAGUGACUGGGCUCUUCCCUGGGAACUAUGUUGAGUCUAUCAUGCAUUACUCCGAGUAAAGCUCAGCAGGGCUGUUUCCCUCACAGAAAUAGUCGGGACUUCCCAGGUCACCCCAAGGCCCUGGGAUUCCCUCCAGUGAAGUGAAUGAAGGAUACGAAUGAUAAAAACUACUUACGUGUUUUUUACUCCAUUUAUCCCCCAGUAUUAAAACAACAAAGCAAGCUGAGUGUGAACAAAUUAAUUUUUCUGACAUCAUUUGUACUAUGCUAAGCUGUCUGGAUUGAAAUAAAGUGACGAUUUCUGAAUAUGUGGGAGGUAUAACAGCAAAACUAUGUAAAACAAAUCAGGUUAAGACUGAUUCAGAACAAAAAUCUGGGAUCUUUCUCAGGAAUACUGUACACCUGUGGGAUUUCUCCUCCUGCAGAACCCAGCAUUGCAUUGGAUGUUCUUCAGUGCCUGUGCUAAAGGGUUAGCCAGCCCUGUGGCUACUGCGUCCCCUGCACUCUCUUCCACUUCUGUGAGGAGGGAACCGAUAUUUGAAUACCGUACUUAACCAUUUGUAGUUGUUUCAGGUGGCUCAUUUUAACACUGUAAAUUCUGCAUUCUCUCAGCACUUGGGUGCAUCAGGGUUAAUGCUGAACUGAUUUGCAUCCCUUCAUGUUUCUCAGUUUGUGGAUUUUGAUGAAAUGAGUCUCCAAACAUUCUGAGGGUGGUUGAAUUGCCAGUUUCAGUUUAAUGUGCUGCUGUUGCAUGAGACUGCAUUGCCACUAAUGGCCAGUGCACCCAGAUGAGUGAAGCUUGGGAGCCUGGUUCAUGUGCUGAAGUAGGCCUUCGAAGCUAGACAGGAAGGUUCUUAACGUUCCAGAAGAGGUUGAACUGUACAAAUGUGCUGCCCAGUAGGCAUCCUAAAUCCUUGCCUCGGGUUGGUUUGAGGAAUAGGAUUUUGAAAGUCAAACCAACUAUCUCUUUACUUUCACUAUUUAGAAAAACGUUCUUUUUACGAAAAUAGUUAUUUUCGUUUCUUGAUAGUCACUGGGUAUAAAAGGCUUGCUACUGUAAUCUUGGAAUGUUAUUAAUGGCCAGUGUUAGCUGCUGCUGAGUUGUUUACUCACUUAACUCUAGAAAAGGUAAAUACUCUCCUGAUUUUGUGGUUGGUUUUUGAAGUAGCUUCCUUUAGUAAGAAUUUGAACCUGGUUUCUCAGACUAAGAAUAGUGGGAUAAGGCUAAAUACUUAUCCAAUUACAUAGAUUAAAAACUGAUACAACUUUGAAAGAAACAGUAUUUUUUAAUCUGCCCCAUUAUAGCUUCAAGUUCAGUGCAGAUGGUAGGUUGAUGGCUUUAAUCAUUUCUGUAAUCAGUAUAAGAAAUACUGAAAAAAAUCCAGGAGGGCUUUGCUGCUCAGCAGGUGAACACCUGGUGAUGAACUAGCUCAUGGUCAGGCCCACCGCUGUCCCAGUGACUUAUCCUGCAGAGAGCUCUGUCAGGUGACUUCCCUGUGCUGGGUCAAAGGGAAGAGGCAAUAGCUGCCUAUACAGUUGACCCUUGAACAACAUGGGUUUGAAUUGCACAGGUCCACUUACAUGUGGACUUUUAAAUCAAUCAAUACAGUCACUCCAAACCUCUGGGUUUUGCAUCUGCAGAUUCAACCAGUUACUAUUAAAAACAGUAUUUUCAAUCUGCAGUUGGGAACCCAAAGAUGUGGAGGACCAACUAUACAGAAUUAUUUUAUGUCAUUUUGUAUAAGGGACUUGAGCGUCCAGGGUUUUUGGUAUCUGUGGGGUGGGGGAGGUGAGGUAUUGGGUCUGGACCAAUCCCCUAUGGAUACAGAGGACUGACUAUAGUUGAGUUUGGGAGAGUCAAGUUAUAGGUGGAUUUUCAGUUGCACAGGUCUCAGUGCCCCUAAUUCCUGUGUUGUUCAAAGAUCAACUGUAAUGCACAUGCAGGCCUUGCACGUGAGAUAGUGCAGAUAGAGGAACUUGACAAAAAAUGAAUGUGUGCAGCAGUGUGUGAGGGAAUUCAGUCGAUGAAGGCAGAAGUUAAUAUUCUACUUGUGAAUCUGAGCACAAAACUUCAUCACCAUUUAUUUAACUGAAACCCAGAUACAGAGCUCCCUUAUCAAGACUUUGUUGUGAAGUUGCAGUCUGCCCUCCCCAACCCAGCACACACACACACACGCGCACAUGUCAGAGAUUUUGCCUUUAGGUCUCUUCAACACUUUACCUUUGCCUCUGUGCUUUUGUGUCACCUCAACAUCCAUUGUUCUGUUCUUUAAAGUAAAAGCCCUGAGUGUCCUCCGAACCUUCAGCUUCAUUAUGGACCCAGCCCUAGCCUAUGUGUAUAUAGAUUAAACUCUUAUUGUUGGAGUAUUUAGGAAAUUUAAAAUUAGAUGUUCCAAUUAUUUAUUUAAAUACCUUUUGCUGAGAAAGCUUAGUGGAUUUAAUAAGGCAGAGGGAUUCUGGAACCCAACAAAUAGUUCCACAGCUCACACCGCCAGCAGGUGACCGUGCAGGAGUCGGUGGUGGUCGGCCGCCUGUCGGGCGGCUGGACUGCGGAGCGUGGAAGACACCGCUCACGUCCUUCGUGCUGGAAACCUGCAGCGGGGGACCCACGGGUCAGCUGAUUUUUUCUAUAUUAUUUAGUACUAAUGUGUGAUUUUUUGUUUUAAAAAAAUAUAUGUUGGAUUUUCCACAUACUUCAAAUUUUUGUACAGUUUUGAAUUCUGUAUAGUCUUGGAAGGAUACUAUGUAAUGAUGGGCCAGGCCUACAGUGAUUGGAGACUUUUAUGUGUGUAAUAUUUCAUAGAUUGCAUGCUACUAAUAGUCUGUGAGGGUAGUAUUUCUUGUUUUAGUGUAAGUUUCCCCAUUUAUCUUUUUAUAAACCAGAUGAAACGGUGGGCAGUAGGAAUUCCAAAUGAAUGUGGAAAUCUUACAUGCUACAUAGUAUUGUGGCAAAGGCCAUCUAAGUUUAAAAUGUGCUGACCGCCAAGCAACCAUACUAUCAGGAUAGAGAGAAUCUAAUGGGAGAGGGAUUUAUUUUUCCUUCUGAAAUGUCUUUUUGACUUGCUGUUCACUCCCUAUUUCCUUUAAAAAAAAUAAAAUGUAAAAAGGAGUGACCCAACAGUUGUUCCUUUUUUUCUAUUACUGUUUGAAAGGCCAUGGUGGUAUGAAUGAAAAUAUAUUUGUUGCCAUUGACCUUAUGGCCAAGGCAGUAAACCAGAAAGUGUCAACUUGUCAAAACCGAGACCGGAGAGAUCCAGCCUGCUGUUAGAAGUACGAAGCUUUUGUGGCUCAGUAUUUUCCACCUGUUGGCUGUUGGCUUCUAUCUCCCUCAGGGGCACGUGAGGGUUGGCAGCAGUCUGGUACUUUUGCAGGGUUCCUGGAACUCACCAGGUGAGAUGUUUUCUCUCUCCUUUCCCCCCUCCUGCUUCUGUUUUAUUACCCAACUAGAAUUUUACUCGCCUUCAGUGAUUUCUGUAAAGUAGCUGCUCCUUGGCAGUCUUAGGUUGAUUGAAGAUGAUUUACUUGAGUUGUCUGAGGGGCAUCAAAGUGAUGAUAGUUUGGUUUUAUCCUUUUGUGUUCAUUUUCUUUUAGUAGGUGACCCUUCUGCAUUAGGAACUGUUCUUUUAUUUUUCUUACCAUUUCUGCUCGGUGGAGAGCAAGGCCACCUUUCCUGUUGAAAAGCAUUUGAUGGAGGAAAUGACAGGUUUUUGAAAGAAUGGGGAUCUGAAUUCACAGCUGUUUUGGCUAGGAACUCUCGAGUGAUGUCACGGUGAUGAGUUCCCUCACAGGAUUUACUUAGAAUCAUAGAAUUUUAGCGCUAGAUGAGGUUUUAGUUCAAUCUCACUUUACUGAUGAUGUAGAUGUUUUAUUUCAGGUAACAGCUAAUAAUGGUCAAGUUUAUGACUCAGUGCCACUUGGUACUCUUUCUACAAUUGUCUUAAUUAAAUGUGCCGUAUGUUUCUUUAAAAUUUGUUAAUACUUGAUGUCCUCAGGAAGAUACUUGAAAAGAUAUGCUAUGUUCCAAUAAAUACCACCGGAGUAUUCAAAUUGGUUUAAAGGAGUAUACUAAGUGCAACCUUAAUUAGGGAAAUCUUCAUUUUAACCCUUCCAAAACUACACACAAUACGAAUGUUCUUUUCCAUUAGGUGUAUGUAACAGAAACAUUUCAGCACUGGCAGGAGCACAGCAAACAGCCUUAUUUGUGAGCCUUAUAAAGCAUUUCUUUUGUUACACUGGGGCAUCACACUCAUUACAUAAGUUUCCUUUAUGCUGCUCUUCGUUCCUAUUGCUCAUUGACAGUCGCAUAGUUCUUUGAAAAAAACUGACAAAUGAAACGACAGGGCCUAGCUUGUGUAUGAUAAUCCUUGCUAAGUAUCCUGAGGUUUUUGUUUUGUUUUGUUUUACAAAAACAAAACAACCCCACCAAAGCCAAAAACCUUCUUUUCACAUUAAAAUAAAAACACCUUUGCAACUUCAGAAUUCUAUGAUAAAGCAGUUUUUAUCAUAUUUUGUGUCCAUGCAUCUUUCUCCUUCACAACAGGGUGGUUUACAAAGAGAACAUAAACAAUUUGUGAUCUGGCCAGGUGUACUUUUUAGCUCCCAGGAGUGAGGAUUGGUGGUCCAACCAAAAAACAUGCAAGAAAACCUGAGGGAGCAGUCUGUUGCCAGGAAUGUGUCUUGUGUGUGCCAUUAAACCACCUCCAUGCGUGGGGGAGCAUUCACUUUUUAAUUUUGAAAUUGUAUGUGGAAUUGUUGCUAUGUACUAAGACCUUGACCUAAAUAAAGUCCCAUGAAGUGUAA